UCAUCGAGCAAAACUCCAUCAUCUUCCAAAUUUGUUUCAAAAGAAUCAUCUAGUGUAACUGGGCAAACCAGCUCUUCAGAUCUUAAUCACAGCUCAAUUGCAACCCUGAAACUUGAAUCCAGCUCGAGUAUCAAAGAUACUUCUGUUACUUCAACUCAAGAGUCAACCGACUAUACAACAAUAUAUGCGCCAACAACAUCAACGGUUACUAUAACCUCCUGCAGCAAAGGCAAUUGUCAUACUUCAACUGUACCUACUGGAAUUACUGUAGUUACAGUAACCGACAAAACACAAGUCACUACGUAUACAACAUACUGCCCAAUAACAGAAGUUGUACCUAUUACGACUUCAUCAUCUUCUGUUGAGGUUAUUUCACUGUCUGAAUUCUCGAAUUCUGCCUUAACUACGUCUUCAGUGGUUAGUUCUAUUGUUACGAGUACUCAUCUUUCUUCAGAAAGUUAUAGUACCUCUUUAUCCAAGUCUACUAGAACCAGUGAAUUUUCCAAGUCUUCGCUGUCAUCAUUGAAGUCCUCUAAAACAAAAGAAAAGUCAUCUCGGAUUGAAAGUACUAGUAUAACAGUAACAUCAGAACUGGCAUCUGCAACUACUACUGACCACUUACCUACAACGUCGACUAUCACAAUAACUUCUUGUAACGGGAAUAGUUGUACUACAUCCGCAAUUGAGACUGGUAUCAGUAUUGUAACUAUUACGAACGAGUCAGGAACUACUAGCUAUACGACAUACUGUCCUUUGACGACAACAUCCCAUCUCGAACUGUCAGCAACACAAUCAAACUCGAUUCAGUCUUCUGCCGAGUCUUCACCCAGUACUGAAUCUGUAUCAGUAACCUCCGAAGAAAUUUCCACUAGUCCAUCACCAUCAUCUUCUGUUGAAUAUACUUCAUUGCAAGAAAGUUCAAAUUCUUAUGAAACCAAAUCUGAAAGUAAAGGCACGAUAUUAUUGACAUCUAGUUAUAAUACCGAAGACGUUACUAUCACUUUGACAAAAGAAAUUACAUCAACUUCAUGUGCCAAUCAACAGGACUGCUCAACCACAAUAUUAUCUACAGUUGUGACUUCAACUUCCUCCUUCAUACUACCUUCAUCGUCGCUUAACUCUUAUUCACGUCCUUCGUCUAUUGCAAUAGAGUCAAGCUAUGAGGGUUUGGCAUGGAGUGGAAAACCAAUAUCCACCAUUAAUGCAAUAUUGCCAGUUGUCUUUGCCUUCUUUUCCUUAUUUUAG